GUUGACAGAGUUGCCUUUAGAUUCCGGAGGCCGGUGUGCGUUUCGUGUUGGUUCCUUGUGCUCAUUUUCGUUGGAGGGCUUAUUUAUUUAUUUCGUAAUUUUUUUCAUCUUCCUUUAUGUCAGCGUUCGUGUUUCGUGUGCCCGUUCUGAUCUGUGACCGGCGUGCGUCUGCUUAUCCACGCAGACGACGCGAUGUGAUUCAAGUUUUCUCGGUCCUCCCUUUUGUUCGUCUGCUUUUGUGAGAAUCGCCCUGUUUACCGUCACCGUUCAGUUACCCGAUGCGUACGAUAAGACAAAGUGUGUGUGAGUGAGAUUGUGUGGAUAAUACUCCCGCCGAGCACAGAAAACGACCUCCCAAUCCGAACGACAAUACCCUGGUUCUGGUGCGUGUGCAGCGGUAACGGGUCGGCCACCGCGCCAUGGCCCUCUUAAGUUGCAACGCCGUCCUGGACUGCGAUCACGACAGCACCCGUAGCAGCACCGGAGAAAAGUUGGUCCACAGCUAUCGAGCAGCUGAACGCCCCCGCAGCUUCGAAUUCAGCCUCGGAUUCAGCAGCUGAACGCCCCCGGCGCGCGCAUCAAGGUCCAGACGGCGGAAGCGGCGCGAGGUGAAGUGUUGCCGGAGUCGUCGAGCAGCAUGGCGAUUCCGCGGCUGCCGACGCCGCCACCCCAGAGUGAGGUCAACACACCCGUCGCGGAGAGCUGGUGCUACACGCAGGUGAAGGUGAUAAAAUUCUCCUACAUGUGGACCAUCAACAACUUCAGCUUCUGUCGAGAGGAGAUGGGAGAGGUACUCAAAAGUUCCACAUUCUCAGCAGGGGCCAACGAUAAGCUCAAAUGGUGCCUGAGGGUGAACCCCAAGGGUCUUGACGAAGAGAGCAAGGACUAUCUAUCCCUAUACCUACUACUAGUUUCGUGCAACAAAAGUGAAGUGCGCGCAAAGUUCAAGUUCUCAAUCCUAAAUGCGAAACGGGAGGAGACCAAGGCCAUGGAGAGCCAACGGGCAUACAGGUUCGUACAAGGGAAGGACUGGGGCUUCAAGAAGUUCAUCCGGAGGGACUUCUUGCUUGAUGAAGCCAACGGAUUACUUCCCGAUGACAAGCUCACGCUCUACUGCGAGGUGAGCGUGGUAGCAGACUCUGUCAACAUCUCUGGCCAGAACAACGCCAUCCAGUUCAAAGUGCCCGAGUGCCGGUUAUCAGACGACCUGGGUCACCUCUUCGAAAGUCAAAAAUUCAGCGACGUCAUCCUCAGCGUCAAUGGCCGAGAGUUCUACGCUCACAAAGCUAUCCUUGCUGCUCGUUCACCAGUGUUUGCCGCCAUGUUCGAACACGAAAUGGAGGAGAAGAAACAGAACAGAGUGGAGAUAACGGACAUGGACCACGAGGUGCUGAGGGAGAUGUUGCGCUUCAUCUACACGGGCAGAGCACCCAGCCUGGAGCGGAUGGCGGACGACCUGUUGGCGGCGGCCGACAAGUACGCGCUAGAACGGCUCAAGGUGAUGUGCGAGGAGGCCCUCUGCUCUAACCUCUCCGUGGAGACGGCGGCCGAAGUGCUCAUCCUGGCGGACAUGCACAGCGCGGAUCAGCUCAAGGCGCACGCCAUCGACUUCAUCAACACCAGACAUGCCACGGACGUCAUGGAGACUGCCGGCUGGAAGACCAUGGUCCAUCGGCAGCCGCACCUAAUCGCCGAGGCGUUUCGAGCGCUCGCCACCCAGCAGAUACCCCCCAUCGGACCACCUCGCAAGCGCAUUAAACAGUCCUAGGAAGGCCACCUGGUGGUGGUAGUCGUCCCGCAGUGACAACCCUGAAGUUGGCGGACGACCCCUUGUGGUGGAUAGUGCAGUGCCGAAAAAAAUGGACUCCAUGGCUCCAACCGCGGGGCUGAGAAUGACAGCCGCGAUGACGGCAACGUCUGCCGCGGUGCUUUGUGUACAGACUGCGGAUGUGGUGACACGUUAUCCGGACUUUUCGCGGAUCGUUGCUGAACGUUUUGGGCUGCGUUCGCAGGCGGCAGGUUUACCUUGGUCUAACGAGAGGAGGUUGCAGUACAGACAUCACCGAUUGGCCAGAUUAUAUACGAGUUGUACAUUAUGUCGUCUUGUUUUUUUUUUUUUUUUUUUUAAUGCGUUUUAUAGAUACCAAGUUUUAGAAAUAUCACGGGGAGGAGGUCGGCGUUUUAGCUUAAUCAUUAGAAAACGGCGAAUUUCAAGACCCUCGUACACCUAACGCGUGAUGCGCGGAUGGUUUUAUCCCAAAAAUUUAGCCAGUACAAAAACUGCAUGGGUGACGAACAGAAGUUAUCUACUACGGAGUUGCUUGACUGCACAAGAAAAUGAGACCACUCCACCCCUGCAACUAAUACUUCGCAACACUCCUCGAAAGGCGGUUACAGCCUAGCCAGCAGGCCUACAGAGAAAGGAGUGGGAGGACCGUGUCGAACUACGCUCGGACUGUUUGUGUGAAUAAUUAGGGUUUACAAAAAAAAAAAAGAGAGAUGGUUUUUGGCGUUUUAUUCUUUCUUCCCUCCCGCAGCAUUUUUUUUUCUCUCUCUCUUUGCCUCCUCCUUCCUUGCACUCAGGACUCCCUUCACAAGUCAUCAAGUCACUGCCAAAAACAUGUCCCACCGCUCCGAGCGGCGACGAUGACGACGACGCCGGCGGACUCUCAUCGCGGAGCACUGGUGAACAUUCGUCGUGCUCGGUGCUUACGCGAGCGAGCGCGUGUGUGUGCAAGAAAGAAGAAGAAGAAAACAAGAACUGCUCCUACAGAGAGCCAACCGCAUUCUCGUUUCCUAUCGCAAAGUCAUACUGACAGAAAAAUGCACGGUGAUCUCGAGCCCAGCGCAUGCGGGCUACAAAUACCGAGUCCCCCCCCCCAAGCAGCACAAGAUCUUGGCCCAAUAUUGGUCCGAGAUUGGACCAAUAGAGGCCCAAAGAGGAGUAGAAGAUUAGAGUAGAAAGAGUAGGCCCAAGAUUGGACCAAAUUGGUCGAAGAUUGGUCCUCUUUGAGCCUCUAUUGGUCCAAUUUUGGCAACACCGGCCCAAUAUUGGUCCGAGAUUGGACCAAUAGAGGCCCAAAGAGGACCAAUAUUGGUCCAAGAUUGGACCAAAUUGGUCGAAGAUUGGCCCAAUAUUGGUCCUCUCUGAGCCUCUGUUGGUCCAAUCUCGGACCAAUAUUGGGCCGGUAUUGCCAAGAUUGGACCAUUAUUGGGCCUACAUGUUGUGUUGCUUGGGCCAAGGCUCAUGGGAAUGUGUUCGAGGCCAGUAUGCGAAUCGGAGUGGGGGUUUUGCACUAUCGAAUCUUGUUUCCGAAGGGAAUUCAGAGGGUAUCUCCCCUGGAGCAUUUGCUUUCCCCAUGCACUUGCAGUCUUCAGAAAUUAUAUGUUCGAGAUUUUGAGAUAAGUUAAGAAGGAAGGUGCGAUAUUUCAGUCCCACUUGAGAAGGAUGGCAAGGGUAUUGUUCCGGUCACAAGGCUUUUGUCAGACAAGGACCGUUGGCUGAAAUCAGUUUGAUAUUGGCACGUGGAGAGAUAAAUUAAACGAGCAAGAUAGUGUGAUACCGUUGGGAAACGGGAGAUUGUCAAGGAUAUGUUGUCUGUUUCAAUAGAGUACGACUCUUUGGUUAAAUUGCCUUCGUCAGACGAAGUGUGUUUGGCCCAGUCCUUACGUUCCUGCGCGGGUUUUAAUUCUAGAUUUUCCUCUAGCUACGGUAGAAUAAUAAACGGCAUUUGUGUGGCA